AUGCUGAAGUACCUGAAGGCGAAGCGGCUGAGCGGGACGGAGACGGACCAGUCAGAGGGGAGCGAGGUGGGAGAAAGUUACUCCCUGGAGGAGCUGAAGACGAAGAUGGAGGUGGCGCAGAAGAAGCACUUUGGGUAUAAAAAUUUGAAAGAUUUUCAAAUCGAAGCGGUGCACGCAGUGUUCCAUAGGAGAGACAGUUUAAUUGUGAUGGCCACGGGGAUGGGAAAGUCCCUAUGUUACCAGAUACCCUCCCUUAUGGAAGAAGCGAAGAAAAAAUUCACAGUGGUAAUAUCACCCCUCAUAUCUCUAAUGACAGAUCAGGUAGACAACCUGAACAGGAAGGGAAUCUCUUCCGUCUUUUUAGGAAGUGGCCAGAAGGUUAGUAACCAGCAAGUGUUAACGGAAAUAAAGCAUGGGAUGUAUAAGAUAGUGUAUUGCAGUCCGGAGUAUGCACUGAAUAACAAGCAACUGUUUCUAAUGUUACGAAAGAGGAUCCUCCUGGUGGCCAUAGAUGAAGUGCACUGCAUGUCUGAGUGGGGACAUGACUUUAGACCCUCCUACAGGAAGUUACACGAAUUGAGGGACAUUCUAAUUGGUAUCCCUUUUAUGGGGUUAACAGCCACAUGUACUAGAGAGGUCCAAAGUGAUAUUCUAAAGAACCUAAACUUUGACGUGAAGAAGUGCCUUAUCAAAACAAGUAGUGUUAACAAGAGGAACCUUUUCUACUGCGUUAGGGAGAAAACAAAUGUAAUGAACGAUUUGAGAGAUGUGCUGGAUAUCCCAAGUAGUAGAUCCUUGGAGAGGACGAAAAGGUUUAUAGAUAAUUCUAAGAUAUGCCCGUAUAAUUCUACCCUUAUUUAUGUGAACUCGAAAAAGGAGUGCGAAAGUAUCUUCUCUUUUUUGAGGGAGAAGGGACUACUGGUUCGAAUGUACCAUGCGGAUUUGAGUAAUGACGAAAAGAAGGAGGCACAUGAAAAGUUUUUAAAAGACGAAGUACAGAUAAUCGUAGCGACGGUGGCAUUUGGUAUGGGCAUAGAUAAGCCAGACAUUAGGAGGAUCAUUCACUAUGGCUUCUCCCGAUCCUUGGAGGCUUACGUGCAGCAGGUCGGAAGGGCAGGUCGAGACAACAGCAAUGCGGAAGCCAUUCUUUUCUUUCACAUAAAUGAUGAAUCGAAAAUAAAAAAUCUGCUUCUGCGGGAAAAUAUUGCAAACAAUUUGAUCGAAACGAAUUUCCAACGCGUUGAGCGUAUCAUUAGUAUGUUCACGGAGGCAUCCGAUUAUGCUUACUCCACCAUCUGUCGAAGGAAAAAGAUAUAUGAGUACUUUGAUGAGACGCCAGAUACAUGCACAGAUGUAGACGUGUUCGACAGGGAGGACAACUGCGGCGUCUGCUUUUAUGUGAAGAAAUACGACAUGUACCUCUGUGCUAACUGCGAUAAUUGCGCUUAUUACUUGGGGGAAAUUCGCAAGGUAAACACGAAGGGGGGUGGCACAAAAAUGGGUUCACAACAGACGGGUGGUGCAAAGGUAAUAGAUGUGAAUGCUGAAGACGUUAGUGUAAAACCUGCUAAGGGGAAAUCCCCUACAGAGGUCACCUCUCUGUUGAGGAAGGACUCCCGCAACGGGGUGAAUACUACCCUACGUAGGAGCAACUCCCCCCAAGCAUUUACGACCGACCAAGGAGUAGACCUCUCCGCGGAAUUGAAAACGUUACUCAGUUGCAUUUCCUCCCUUAAGGGAAGAACCGGAAUAGGAGUCAUUUGCAAAGUACUAGUAAAAAGCAAAGAAUCGUGCAUAAUUAAAAAAGGCUACCACAAUAUUAAGGAGUAUGGAGAUGGGGCACACAAAAGCACCAACUGGUGGUCUGCUUUUCUAAAAGUGGCCAGGAAUGAUAAGUACAUAAAGGAGACGUUAAUCUAUGGAAAGGAUUUAAGUUACCUCAGUGUAGGCGUAACGCCCAAGGGGGAGGCAUUUAUUAUGGAUUCUGAGCAAAGGUACACCGUUAGAUUGCCCUUCUUUUUGGUAGACAAGGAGAAGAAGGGAAAACCGGGCAAAGGAGGGAAGAAGGCCAAUGCGCUGAGAAGUGAAAAUGAUCCCGUGGAUCAUUUGUAUGAGGAAAAGGCUAGCCAGCGAAACAGGGGCAGCACCUUCUGGGAGGACUUCACCCACAGGGAAGGAAGAGGAGACUAUGUGGGCAAAGAAGAAAAACGUUUGGAGGAAGAAACCCACCCCUCUCUGUUGAAUGCUACUCGUGGUAGUGUCUCUCACCAGGAUGAAGGAGUCUACCCGAUAACGCAAGCCACCGUCGAAAGGAGCAACCCCAUCCCGGACAACAAAUAUCGAUACUUCAACACAGACAAGAAUCAGUGCCGCAGGGAACAUCGAUACAAGGAGGAAAAAUUAACGGAAGAAAAAAUAAAUGACUCUAUAAUGAGAAUUCUCCUGAGGACAAGGAUAAUAGAAGCUAGACAACAGAACAUCCCCCCCUUUCAGUUAAUAUCGGACAAGCCGUUAAAGGACAUAUGCCACAAACGACUUACAUCUGUGCACCUGAUUAGAAAACACGUGGAUAAUAUUUCGCCCGUUUGUCCUAACUCCUUUUUGGAAAAACUCAUUUCAGGCAUCAGAGGUUUUUGCCUUCUACACGACUUAGAUAUGAAUAUAAAUCUGAACACAGCUAGUCAAAAUGUGGGUUCACCUGAACCUGUCGAAAGGGAGAUAUCCAGUCUGAACAAAUUUUCCAACCUAAUUUCGUCCUAUCAAUAUGAUCACAAGGGGGGAAAGCUUGGGGGGGACUCCUCCUUCCAGGGCGCCCCCUCGAGGGAGAUAAGAAGUGGUCCUUAUGCAGGUGGGGGGGUGGGGAGUAGUAUCGCCCACAGGGGCAUGAACCAUGGGGGAGUUGUUAACAGCGGAGUUGUUCGCAAUUAUGCACGCAGGGAAGAAGAAACGUCCUCCUACCAGAGUACAUACUUUAACGGUGGCGCCAGGACCAACGUGAAAAUGGAUGUGGGUCGUAGUUGGACUCCCCACCCAGGCGGCGAAAGGAACCAUCCCAGUGGAAGCCUCACAGGGCGGGUGAACCCUCACCUCGACUGUGAAACAAGCCACUCUCACAGCACAUUCAUAGAGAAACGUAGCGCAAAGGAAACUGCUCCGAGACCCUUUUGCACCACCGCAGAGGCGACCAACCAGUUGAACCAUAUUAGCAGUAACGACAAAAGCAGGUUGAUGGAUUUUUUCGAGGACGAAUUUAAAUUUAUAAAGGAGGCCAACAAGUCGGAGUUUAACCCAAACGGUUCCCUCGUGGAUAGCAAAAGGGUACACCAGGGUCCCAUCGACUUUCCCAAAUAUACCUUCCAGGGUGAUGUGUGCAGAGGGAGUAACGCAGCGCAACCCAUACAUAUCGCCCACGAAGCGGUCAAGCCAAGUGAAAGAAUUUUUCCCAACCGAAUUGACGCCAGUACCCGUUUGAGCACCCAGGGGAAAUAUCAAAACGGAGGUGCAUGGACAGGCCCAAGGAUGCGGGAAUCACCCCCAGAGGACCCCUUCAUAGAAUCCUUCCCCAUUAGGAGAACCAUGGGAGAGAAUCACGCUAAUGUCUUAAAUGACAAAAAAAAAAAAUUAGAUUUUAUCGAUUCGUUUUCAUAUGACUAUAAAAAACAACAGGACGAAGAUAGCCUGGGAGGGUUCCCCGGCAGGCAUGAUGGCGCUUCGUCCUUUCAGGACUUAAAACGACGGAGGUUUUAA